AUGUCUAACAACCAACCGACGAACUAUCCGAGAACACGAAAAGCAACCGCCUUGCAGAAUAUGGGGGCUAGAGACGUCACGGUAUCGUCGAGCCAAGUACCUAGCAGUGCUCAACGCGAGGAAGCAUCUCGACGAAACGAACCUCCACGUUCAGCGCACAUUCCUUCCACAGAGGAAGUGCCUUCUCGAUUGAGCGAAGGAACGAUUAACCUUCCGACUGGCGUCGGUACCGGUGGUCCCGCUCUUAUUUCUGCCCCAGGUCAAAUCGAUCCAACAAUGCUUGCACCGUCUAUGCAAGGUUUCCCGCUUCCGACAGGCACAAAUCCCGAGCGCCCGUCAACGCCGCUCCGUAUACACCACGUCUCCGACUCUGUGACCUAUUUCGCGACCCCUAGCAGCCAUCAUAGUGGCUCAUACACUGGAGCUCUUCCUGUCGACGAAUCUCACACGGUCGAGGAAGCGUAUAGAUACCUGCAGAUGGAUUUAGAAGCUGUUAGGAUCCUUCCUGUCGAGAAAUGGGCUUUGUGUUGCCUAAAUAUUGAUAUCAACAAAGGUCGGGAGAAGCUACUUCCAGGAGUUAAAAAGGCUUUCGAUAAGUAUCUGGAGAUUGUGGAUGACGCGAAAAACGAGAAGGACCCAAGACUAUAUCCCGCUCUUGUCGCGACAUUUGACUUAUGUACAAACGGGGACUCAGACACGCUUGUGUUCUAUCGACAAGAUCCUAGUAAAAUCGCAGGGUCCUUGGUUCUCGAAUCUCCAGACAUCGGAGCAGUCUUCAAAGAGCUUCUUGAAGACCCUACUAAGGUUAAAAGGAAGAAUCUGGAAUUGAAGGAGGGUGAAAGGACUAUGUGGGCCCAUAUGCAUGGUUUGAUCGAGGUCAAGCAUCAACACGGAGUCAUUGUUGACGGAGAGUUCGGAAGAGAUGCAGGCAAGAUAUACAGGAUGAAGAAAGAUCAAGAGCAGGCAAAGGUGACUAGCGAUAAAUCGAAGGUAAACAAGAAUACGAACAAGCGAGACCGAGAUGACUCAGAUGUGGACGAGGACAUCAAUAAACCUGUGUCGAAGACCAGACGCAGCAACACACCGGUUCAGUCCACUAGCAACAGCAGAGUUUCCAGUCAGCAUACAUUUGAAGACGAUCUAAAGCGAACAAAGAAGGAUCUGGCAAAGAGAGCAAGGCAACAGCUCGGCGGCUAUGCACGUGACGCUCUCUCAUUCGGAUUUCCUCGGUCUCACUUUAUCUUAUUUAUUGUUGACUCUAAACUUGUUCGUGGCAUUUUCUACGACCGUUCGGCAAUCGUUGAGUCUGGGAUAUUGGAUCUCCGAAAGAGUAAAGACCGACUUAUUUUUAGCAAGAUGAUCCAACGAUUGCGCGGCUUGUCGCCAGAAGCGCUCGGAAUGGUACCUGGCUUCAACACGAGUUUCAUGAAAGACCCCACUACUCUCCAGUAUCCUGGUCCUGCAAACGACAAGGGGUUUACGUCAAGUGGAAUAUUCGAUUUCAAGGAAGGAUCUUCUUUCACAUUUCCCUAUGGCAAGAAGGGAACGCGCACUGUGAAGGUGGGGCGUGUCCUGUUUCGCUCAAACGGUGUACUUGGUCGGGGGCCCAUAGUAAUGCAAGUAACGUGUGUCUGCAAGGGUAGCAGUCGGUGCGAUUGGUGCGGGAAGAAGCUAGUUCUAAAGCUCAGCUUUCCUAGCAAAACUCGAGCAUCCGAGAAGGUGUUCAUGGAUAAAUGCAAGGAGAAGGCGACGGGAGAACACGCCUGGGUACUCAACCACUUGCCUGAAAUCUACUAUUCAUUCGACAUCGAGUUCUCUGCGGAGUCGCCGCAGGCUCAGUUGAAGGGAAUUUUCGGGGAAGAGUACGAGAUGCGUGUCGUGCGUGGCAUCAUUCUGGAGGAAUUGCAUCCACUGUCAACUUUGAAGACUGAGAGGGAAUGUGCGCAAGUGUUCUAUGAUAUUGUCCAAUGUCAUCAUUGGGCUUGGAAAUAUCCUCAAAUCCUUCAUCGCGAUAUCAGUGAGGGUAAUAUCAUGGUCCGCGAAAAGAAUGGGCAGAAAUAUGGUGUAUUAAAUGAUUGGGACCUUGCGGCCUGGUUGAGCACGCAAAAUGAAGUGUCGACAUCCAAGUUUCGAACGGGCACUAAACCGUACAUGGCGCAUGAACAACACUCGUCUAAAUGGCAAGGUCCACAUCGGUUCCGCCACGAUUUGGAGUCCGUCUUCUACGUUAUUCUCUUACUGGUUUCUCUUUAUUCCAGUCCCACUGAGAAGGUCCGUUUUCCUUCUACUGGAGACCAUCGUUAUGAGAAGUGGCAUAAGCAGGAUGAUGGAGUUCUUCUUGGGCAGAAAGGAAAUAUUGUUCGUGCUGGGGAUUGGCAACCCUUCCCGCAGCCCUUCUUCAGCGGCUUCACUUUGUGGUUGGCCGCCCUUCAAAAAAAUUUGCGUCGUGGUAUAGUCAACCUGGAGAAUCACAAGGAGGCAGUGUUAGCAGCAAAACAAGCCCGCGAGAAUAACGAAGAACCCAUGGAGGUACCUUUCUUCGAAGAUGAUACCCUAGGUGGCCAUUUUUCUUACGAAAAAGUUGUUUCUGUCAUGCAUCGAUUCAAGAAGGAGGAGCUCAACACCCGUGGUUGUGAAUGGCAGAAGAUACUCCAAGUGCCAUUUUAA